CUCACUUUCUCUCUGAGCAAACAGACAGGCACAUUUCGUCUCUCCUUCCACUCUGUCUGGGAGCAACCAUGUCCACCCCAAGCGAGGACCUGCUGCGGAUCCCUCUGGGACUCAUCAACAGCGCGGGCAAGUAUCUGACCGCAGAGGCGUUUGGAUUCAAGAUCAACGCGUCCGCCAGCAGCCUGAAGAAGAAGCAGACCUGGACCCUCGAGCAAACCGUGGAGGACGGCAGCGUCGUGUUCCUCCAGUCCCACCUGGGCCGCUACCUCGCCGCGGACAAAGACGGCAACGUGACCGCGGACAGCGAGACGCGCGGCCGAGACUGCCGUUUCGUGGUCACGGCGCACGAAGAUGGGCGGUGGUCGCUGCAGUCCGAGCCGUACGGCCGCUUCUUCACCGGCAGCGAGGACCGCAUCACCUGCUUCGCGCAGACCGCCACACCUGCGGAGAGAUGGAGCGUCCACCUGGCCGUUCACCCGCAGGUCAACCUCUACAGCAUCGCGCGGAAGCGCUUCGCCCACCUUAGCGCACGUGGAGAGGUAUCCAUAGACCGCGACGUUCCCUGGGGCGUGGACUCCCUGGUGACCCUGGUGUACCGGGACCAGCGGUACCACCUGGAGGCCUCGGAUAACCGUUUCCUGCGCAACGAUGGCCAGCUAUCACCGAAGACGGACAAGGACACCGGCUACGUGCUGGAGUUCCGGUCGGGGAAAGUGGCAUUCCGCGACUGCACCGGUCGAUAUCUGGCCCCGUCAGGGCCUACGGGGACCAUGAAGUCCGGGAAGGUGACCCGGCUUGGAAAGGAUGAGCUGUUCGGCCUGGAGCGGAGUCACGCGCAAGUCGUUUUGACCGCAGGGAAUGAAAGAAACGUCUCCACCCGCCAAGGCAUGGAUCUGUCGGCCAAUCAGGACGAGGAAGGAGACCAGGAAGUCUUCCAGUUGGAGAUGAGCCGAGAGGAUAGGAAAUGUGCGUUCAGAACCGCAGCUGGAAAAUACUGGACCCUGACGGCAACUGGAGGGCUCCAGUGCACCGCCUCUACCAAGUCAGCCAACUCAUACUUUGAACUGGAAUGGCGGGACGGUCGUGUUUGUAUCCGGGCAGCCAACGGCAAGUAUGUGACGGCCAAGAAGAACGGACAGCUAGCCGCGGCUAUUGACAACCAAGGUGAGGCCGAGCUGUUCCUGAUGAAGCUGAUCAACCGACCGCUCAUCGUUCUCCGAGGCGAACAUGGAUUCAUCGGAGCUCGGAAGCCAGGAACGGCCACGCUGGAUUCCAACCGCGCGUCCUACGAUGUUUUCCAUUUGGAGUUCAACAAUGGCGCCUACUCCCUCAAAGAUUCUCAGGGGAACUACUGGAGUGUCGGUGACGACGCAUCGGUCUCCUGCAGCAGCGCCGCGCCCGUCCAGUUCCUGUUUGAGUUUUGUGACCUCAACAAGAUGGCCAUCCGAACGCUGGGAGGGAAGUACCUUAAAGGCGACCAUGCUGGGGGGCUGAAGGCAAGCGCUGACUCCCUGGACAGCGCCACCCUCUGGGAAUAUUGAGCACUGCUAUCUGAGGGAACGGCUGCUUGUGUGUGUGUAUGUGCGUGUGUUGAGUCAGUCUGGUUGGAUGUGUAGCCGAGGCAAUGUGCAGGAGGAUGUUGCACCAAAGCACUGGAGGUGUUUUAUAAAGGGUUUGUUCCUUCUCAACCAUCGUAUCCUGCCUUUUUACUGGGUUUUUAAAGCUGUUCACCUGAUGUUAUUCGCCAAGUAUUACUAGUUGUUGUGCCGAUCGUGGUGUAAACUCAUGUGGAAUGCUAAAGGUCAUUGCUAGUUGAAGUCCUGCUGUUGCUCUGCUUCUCAUGAAUGAUUUGACGUACAUUCCCGAGCUGUAAAUAGAGCUUCUUCAUCACUCAUUUUAGGUCAAAGAAUGAUGACUUUGAAAAGCAAAAAUCUUUUGAGCACAAGUACUUGUCAUGAAUAUAUUUUGGAUCAAAUUAAUCUCAGAAUUCUAAACUGGAACAUGAGCACAUAAUGUAUGAGCUACCUUGUUUUUAAAAGGACCAAAAUGAACUUGCACAAAAAUAAACAACUGUGAAAACAUCUGCAACAGGUUGAAGAAAAAAGCACACAUUUGCUAUGAUGAACGUCUGCCUUAUAUUCGGAUGCUGCUGUUCGUGGUCAAAUCCUGAGUGUGUGUUGCGAUUUUCGUGGCCUUGCUAUCCAUUCCUGCCUUUUUACCAUGUUGUUCUACAUUUAAACCAAUAAAAGUUUCUCUG